AUGGAUUUAGAUACGGAUGUACCAAUGGAGGACGUUGAAGACCAAACCUACAACAGCAACGACCCUUCCUCUUCCUCGUCACCAAUCAAAUCAGCAAACAAAUCCACCAUCAAGGAAGCUGCCACCUCAGACGACGCAAAAGGUGAAGCACCCUCUCUAGAUGCCCUGUCGAUCAACCAAUUAGACGCAUGGAUUGAAAAAUUAUCCAAAUGUGAACCACUUUCUGAAGCCGAUGUGAAAAAAUUGUGUAAUAUGGCCAUUGAUGUCUUACUACGCGAAGAAAAUGUACAACCAGUUCAUGUUCCAGUGACAAUUUGUGGUGAUGUUCAUGGUCAAUUCCAUGAUUUGAUGGAAUUGUUCAAGAUUGGUGGUCCUUGCCCUGACACAAACUACUUGUUUAUGGGAGACUAUGUCGAUCGUGGUUACUAUUCUGUGGAAACUGUAUCCUAUUUGGUUUGUAUGAAGGUGAGGUUCCCCAAUAGAAUCACCAUUCUAAGAGGAAACCACGAGUCGAGACAAAUUACUCAAGUUUACGGCUUUUAUGACGAAUGUUUACGAAAAUAUGGCUCAGCAACGGUUUGGAAAGUGUUUACCGACUUGUUUGACUAUUUCCCAAUUACAGCAUUAGUUGACAACAAGGUAUUUUGUUUACAUGGUGGGUUAUCACCAAUGAUUGAAACCAUUGAUCAAGUGAGGGAAUUGAAUAGGAUUCAAGAAGUGCCCCAUGAAGGACCCAUGUGUGAUUUAUUAUGGUCUGACCCUGAUGAUAGAGGCGGCUGGGGUAUUAGUCCCAGAGGUGCUGGAUUCACUUUUGGACAAGAUAUUUCCGAGCAGUUUAAUCACACUAAUGAUUUAAGUUUAAUUGCCAGAGCACAUCAAUUGGUUAUGGAAGGGUUUAGUUGGAGUCAUCAAGAAAAUGUUGUCACCAUCUUUUCAGCACCAAAUUAUUGCUACAGAUGUGGUAAUCAAGCAGCAAUAAUGGAGGUCGAUGAACAACACAACAGACAAUUUUUGCAAUACGAUCCAUCAGUAAGGCCGGGUGAGCCAACAGUGACGAGAAAGACCCCAGAUUACUUCUUGUAG